GACCAUGUGUGUAGUUGGUGAUGGCUCCCGUCCCCCUGUGUGGUUUAAUCUUCCGAUUGUUGCUGCCUCUCGGUCUCCUUACAGCCAUUUCUUGCCGGUAUAAUGGGCUCUCGGUUGCCUACCUUAUCUUCCUGCUCCUGGUGCCACUGUUCUCCGAGCCCACGGCCAUCACUAUGCAAGGACACACAGGACGUCUACUCAAAGCCUUGACUUCCAUCAGCUUCAUCUUUCUGCUGUUGCAUCUGGGAUCUCAAGUGAUGUUCCAUUACAUUCCAAAUAAUGGUACAGUUUGGGAGAAUGCACUCUGGCACAUAGGAGUAAUCAGGUUGAACGAAGUCGAUAUUGGAAAUGCCAUUCGUCUGGUUUUUCCAGACAUUGGAAUAUUUAUCGGAAGCUUGGCUGCUUUUCUCAUCUGCAGGAGCCUGUUGAUUGAUGCAGGCUCGCACGAUGAAGCUCAGAAUUUGUCCCAUUCCGAGGGCAAGAAGGAGGGGGAUGAAACCGAAUCUGAAGAAGAGACUGAUUCUGAGAUGGAUUCUGAGGAAGACGAGGUUGAGAAAUUGGAACAAGAUGAAGCAGAAAAGAAACCAAAUAUCACUCAUAAACUGGCUGCUGUGAUUGUAGCAAUUAAAGAGAUGAUUGGACAUCUGAUAAUGGCAGCAGGAAAAGCUGUUUUGACUAUUCUGCUAUGUUUUGCAGGUAUUGUGCACCCAUCUCUCAUCUCUGCAGUCUACUUCUUCACGUUCCUGGGGCUGUGCUCCUGGUGGGCGUGUGGGCAUGUUUUCAGCUUGUUCUUCUUCAAGCGCUUGUGCCUUUUGAUGGUUUUUGUCAGCGGAGGACACCUGACUGCAAUCUACCUUUACCAGUUACCUGCAUUUCAGCUUCCACCUGACCAGGUUCAAAUGAGGUUGCUUGGAAUGACAGCUGUGAUCCAAACCAAUAUGUCAGCGCCGUGGUGUCUGAUGACCCAUCAUGGGCUGCACUGGCCUGUCAUUCUGAACCCCAUCGUGCUGCUUGUUCUGUACUACACCAUGGCAACCAUCAUUCGGCAACUGUUUCUCAGUGAGACCGGGACUGAUCUUCCAGAGGUGAAAGUUUACACUGCGGAAAGCUCGUCAGAACAGAUCGAUGUAGAAGCCAACCUACAGAUUGUCGAAUGUGAUGGUGACAAGGGGAACAAUAACUGUCUGCCAGUCCAGAUGUACAGCUCCCCAGAGUACACUCUGCAGUCCUCCAGUGCUGGGAUGGAAAUAAAAGAUGACGCAUCUGGGAACCCACCCAGCAGCAUGACGAUCAUUGGCCACUUCAUAAUGCAGCAGAGUUACAUCUGUGCACUCAUAUUCAUGAUGAUCUGGAGCAUUACUUACAUCAGCUGGAUGACUUUUGUCCUUUUGAUCUGGUCCUGUGUGAUCUGGAUGUUACGCGACAGUCAGCGAUGGGCAAAACUGAGCUCUCCCCUUCUGACGGUUUAUGGGAACUUGCUGUUAACUCAACAGUUCAUUACAGGCUUGGAGUUGAGUGAGGCUGAGCUGUUCCCCACAGCCUCUAACGCUGUCCUGAUCGACUUUGACCUGAAGCAUUCAAACACACCGUGCGUUCACCUGGGAGCUAAGGUCAUCUAUACUUUCACCUUUUGGAUCUUACUGCGUCAGCACUUGACUGAGAAAGAGGAAGUGAGAAAAAGAAUGCAGGUAUCGCUCAGUGAGAUCAACAUUCAGGGGCCAGAGAGUGCACAGAUGGACGGUACUUUGAUGGCAGUUCUUGGUUCUGUGGUGAAGGGAUUUUUGAUAAAGUAUUGGAUCUACUUCUGCACAGCCAUGUUUAUCAUUAUUAGUUUUCAUGGCAGAGUCGUGGUCCAUAAAAUUCUUUACAUCGUGUUGUUUCUGUUCUGUGCGGCACUGUAUCAGGUACAUUAUGAUUGGUGGCGUCAAAUCCUGAGGUAUUUCUGGAUCACUGUUGUGUCAUAUUCAAUGCUGGUGCUAGUCACGAUCUACACCUAUCAGUUUCAAACUGUUUCUUGGCUCUUUCAGCAGAAAAUGGGAAUGUCUGAGGACAGUUUGAAGGACCUGGGCUUGGAGCAGUAUGACACUGCUGAGCUGUUUGCUAAUAUGUUACUUCCUGCCACCUUCCUCCUGGCCUGUAUUCUCCAGCUACAUUACUUCCAUGAUCAUUUCCUCAACCUGACAGACUGGAAACAUGUCAAUCCCAGGCAGGAUAACCUCAUCAAUAGAUUGAAUAACAAACGCAGCCUUUACACCUUCAAGAAACCCGGCUUUGAACCAAAGGAGCCAAGCUUGGAGCAGGAGAAGGGAGCAGAUAUGAAAGGAUAUCCAAGUCCGUGGAAUAUGGUGAUUGACAGAUUGACUACCCUAAUUUUACGGUUCAUGGAAAUACUGCAUAAAGUCCAAGUCGGGUUGUGGAGACUCCUGGAACUGCACAUCAUCAAGAUGGUCUCUUCCUGUAUUAUCUGGAUCACGUUAAAGGAGGUCUCAUUGAUGAACUACCUUUUCCUUAUUCUCUGGGUGUUUGCAUUACCCUAUUCCUCAUUCCGUCCACUAGCAUCCAGCAUUUCGACAGUCUGGGCUUGUGUCAUGAUUGUCUGUAAAAUGAUGUACCAGCUCAAGGUUGUUAAGUUAUCCACAUUUUCUGCAAACUGCACACUGAAUGGAAGUCAAGAGUUGCAGUCCACAUCUACUCUGUAUGCUGGUCCUAUUGACCCUACAUACUGGUAUGGAGCGCUGAGGAAAUGUGAAGAUGAUGUCUUGCCCUGUCUGAAGAAUCACUUGAUCAUCUUGAGUUUACUGGUGUUUGAAAUGACAGUUUAUCGCCAUCAACAGUACUAUAGACUCCACAAUGGGCUCAAGACUCCUUUAACAGGAACGCUACUUGACAAUAUCACACGGCUCCAUUUGGACGAUGGGCUGCUGGACUGCAUCAAAUACUUCACAAACUACUUCUUCUAUAAGUUUGGGUUGGAGGUCUGCUUCAUAGCAGCCGUACACCUCAUCGGGCAGCGCAUGGACUUGUACUCUGCGAUCCAUGCCUUGUGGCUAACGGUUGUUCUCUGCAGACGCCGGAGAAAGGCCGUUGCUGAGAUAUGGCCCAAAUACUGCUGCUUUGUCGCCUGUAUCAUUCCUUUCCAGUAUCUGCUGUGCAUUGGGAUCCCUCCUUAUCUCUGCAAAGAUUAUCCCUGGAGGUCCACCCUCGGACUGAGCUCCAAUCUCAUUAAGUGGCUUUAUCUGCCAGACUUCAUAAAGAGACCCAACCCAAUCUUCCUGAUGUAUGACUUCAUGCUACUGUUAAACAUAUCAAUGCAGCGGCAAGUGUUUGAAGAUGAGAACACGGCAGCAAUACGGAUGAGUGCAGGAGACAAUGUUGAAAUCAGCCGUUGCCUGGAUACCGCUACAGUUUAUCAGUAUAUUCCUGUAGCCAACUUCCUGCACUGCAGGUCAUACUUGGAUAUGCUGAAAGUAGUUGUGUUCAGCUACUUGUUCUGGUUUGUGCUGUGUCUAAUCUUCAUCACUGGGACAAGCAGGAUCAACAUCUUCUGUAUGGGUUACCUGGUUGCCUGUUUCUACUUCAUGUUCUUUGGAGGACAGCUGCUCCUAAAACCAGUCAAGGUCAUCCUCAGGCGCUGGGACUAUCUGAUAGGCUACACUAUCCUGGUGAUAGUGAUAAAGAAUAUAUUUGCAAUUGGCUCCUGUGUCUACUUGAAGAGUUUGCUUGAGAAGAACUGCUGGAUGGUGCAGACGUUUGGCAUGGCCUGCACGAUCAAAGAUUAUGAUCUCCCGAAUGCAGAUGAUUUGCUUGAAAGCUGUGAGGUCCCAAAUAAGCAGGCAGGCAUUAUUUGGGACAGUACCUGCUUCCUCUUCCUACUAGCCCAGAGGCGGGUCUUCCUGAGUUACUAUUUUCUCCAUGUUGUGGCAGACCUAAAGGCUUCCAAACUGCUGGCAGCGAGAGGAGCUGAACUAUUUGAAGCUAAGGUUAAGAAAGGAGUUACAGCAAGACUAGAGAAAGAGAGGUUAUCCAUGGAAAUGCUGAAAAAACAGAUGGAAAGGAUCAGAGCGAAACAGAAGCACCAACUAAUGGCGACACUAGUGCCAAAACCUGGUGAGACAUCACACAGAAUCAAUCGGUUCGAAGCAGAGAAUCAGGGAGUGUGUUCAGCUGAUGGCAAAGACAGAGCAGAAGAUGACAAGAAGAAGUGGUGGAAGCCCUGGGUAACUCAUUCCUCAAUGAUUCACAGUGGGGACUAUUAUCUGUUUGACACUGACAGUGAGGAUGAAGCUAAGGAUGAAACUGGAACAGUUGAAGAUGAAACAGUAAAAACCUCAGCAUUCCAGUUUGCUUACAUAGCCUUAGUUAAAGACUCUAAAGCAGCAGUCAAGGAAAAACACAAGGAGCUGAAGCGGGCAAAGAAAGUACAGAGGAUGACAGAAGAUGUGGAGCAAAGAAAUCGACAAGAUUUAAACAGAGCUGACUCAAGUGAAGAUGAAUUGGAUGCUUCGAAUGUGCAGGAUCCGGAUAAUUUCAUCAAGCGAGGAGUGAACAUUCUGACCUUCACUUGGAUGUUUGUCCAAGCAUUGCUUGAAGGACUGAUUGAGCUUCUGAACUCCGUCUCCAAGGAUUACAUUGAUAUCUCCACCGUGCUGAGGUUUGAGAGGUCCAUUUUGAGAAGAGAAUUAAAACAGGGAAAGCUUUCAAACCAGGAGACAAUUCACAAUUUUUACAAUGCCAAACUGAAAUGUCGAGCUCCCUGUAAUCCUGAUGGUGUCUUGGAGAGAGAUGAGCCAACGGAAGGAGAACCAGCGUCAACAUUGAACUACCAUAAAAUGGCCAGCCUUGAUUCGAUGUUGUCCAGAGACAGCAGUGUGUCCAGUUGCAACACCGAAGUCACUGUAGUGUCCUUGAAGCCGACAGCCAGUGACUGUGCUGAUGAUGUUGAGGAGCCAGUCUCCGUGGUCCCAAAGCCCAGUAAUCGCAUUCGGUGGAGACUGCAGAAGAUGCUCAACAUUGACAUCCCCUCCUCACUGGACUAUGAGCCUCCAAGUACAUUGGUCCAGUGUGCCAGAUCAAGUACCUGGCAGGGAACAACAGAAACCAUUGAGGAAGAGGCAGAUGAAGAGGUCGCUAAAGACAUUAUAACUCCACAAUUUUACCACCCACCAUCCUACAAUGCAGUAGCAAACAGCUAUGAAUAUCUUGACCUCUCUGAGGAGAACGUGUCUGUGGAAUCAGAUAAGGAGGUGUCAAAGAUGGACUAUCAACCUCCUCUUAGCUGUGAGACUCAUCUCCUAACAGCAAGUGAUCUACUUCUGAACAAGGUGUUCCAUGAUGUUGAACUGGAAGAGUCGGACAAAUUCUACCGUAGUUUGCCUCAUCUCCUGAAGCUGCUGUUUGCCUUGUAUAAUACCAUGGUGUCCCAGUCUGACAUGUUGUGCUACUUUGUAAUGAUCCUCAACCACAUGGUCUCAGCCUCAGUGCUCACCAUGGUCCUACCCAUCCUUGUCUUCCUCUGGGCAAUGCUGUCAGUGCCUAGACCCAAGAAGCGGUUCUGGAUGUUGGCUAUCCUGUACACCGAGAUCACUGUUGUUGUAAAAUACUGCUUUCAGUUUGGAUUUUUCCCCUGGACCAGCACCUCCUAUCGAAUGUAUUACUUUAAUCAGCCAUUCUACCUUCCCAACAUCAUUGGCAUUGAGAAAAAGGAUGGCUAUGUGCACUAUGACCUUAUCCAGUUGCUUGCUCUGUUCCUGCAUAGGUCAGUCCUCAAGUGCCAUGGUCUGUGGGAUUCCCAUGAUGCAGUGAAGGGGCAGCACUUUGAGAAGAAGCAGAAACAAAGCAACAGUCAGAACCUGGGAGAGGCACAGGAGGACAAUGAGAACACACAAACAGUGAGCCUGCAGGACACUGAACGGGGCCCAGAGAGGAAAAACAGUUCCAGGCGAUUAUCAGAAAGAGUAAAAGCUCCAAAGAGAUCCAGAAAGAAGAAGAGGGAAUCCCCAAAGGCAGAGAAGCGAUUAAGAGAUACUGUCAAGGAGCAAAUCAGAGAGAAGACACAGAUGGCAAAAAGAUACAUUACUGUCAUAGCUCUUCAAAUCUACCUGCCCAUUAAAGAAUUCUUCUACAACAUUAUCCAUCCUGAAUAUAAUGCAGUGUGUGAUGUCUACGCAUUAAUGUUCCUCAUUGACGUCAUUAACUUCAUCAUCACCAUUUUUGGAUAUUGGGCAUUCGGAAGAUACACAGCUGUGGCUGACAUCACGGAAUCCCUCUCAGAGGAUCAGGUGCCCCAAGUGUUCCUCGUGAUGGUAUUGGUUCAGUUUGCCACCAUGGUGGUUGACCGUGCUCUCUACCUCAGGAAGACCGUCAUGGGGAAGGUUGUCUUUCAGGUUGUCAUGGUACUUGGGAUCCAUUUCUGGAUGUUCUUCAUCCUCCCUGGGGUGACUGAAAGGAGGUUUAACCGAAACCCAGUUGCUCAGCUUUGGUACUUUGUUAAAUGUAUUUACUUCGGUUUGUCAGCGUAUCAGAUCAAGUGCGGCUAUCCCAACAGAGUGCUCGGCAACUUCUUAACCAAGAGUUACAACUACGUCAACCUCUUCCUCUUCCAAGCAUUCCGUUUGGUGCCCUUUUUGACAGAGCUAAGGGCAGCGAUGGAUUGGGUAUGGACAGACACCACACUCAGUAUCUCCAGCUGGAUUUGUGUGGAGGACAUUUAUGCCAACGUGUUCAUCCUGAAAUGCUGGAAUGAGUCCGAGAAGAGAUACCCACAAGCAGCUGGUCAGAAGAAGAACAUGCUGGUUAAAUACGGAAUGGGUGGCCUCAUCAUUGUCUCGUUGAUCUGCAUCGUGUGGUUCCCACUGCUCUUUAUGUCGUUGGUCAAAUCUGUUGCUGGAGUGACCAAUCAGCCUCUGGAUGUCUCUGUCAAGAUCAGUAUUGGUGGCUAUGAGGAAUCUUCCACCAACACCUCUGGAAUAAUGAGUCUGUUUGUAUGA